CUUUGGGGGCUUUUUAUGUUUUAAAUUUCUUGAUAAAACUUAAAUGCCUAAUCAACUGUAUUUCACCCCACACAAAACUGACUGUCUACAUCAGCUUUCACCCUAAUUUAUUUAUUUUUGUGUUUUAUAGAUGUUUUGUCAUUAAAUAAGUUUUGGCGCUCUUUUGAUCUCCUCAGCCGUUGCUCGUCUUGCGGUAAUGACGUCACCCCUCCCGCGCGCUGCCUUCAGCCUCGAGUUUUCAGAAGCGAGCCGUUUUUCCGAGUUUACGGAGUUUUCUGAGAUCUGCUCCUUCACUGAAGCUCCUUCCACUGCAGUUCACCAAUAAAUGCUGGAAUAUUCCCAUCAGCCUACAAGUGAAGACCAGCAUGAAACCAUCAAGAAGAGGCCUUAGUAAAAGAAGCGACCGGAUGGAGGAGAAACAUCAUUGUGUCAAAACUGUAGAGAAAACUCACUCACAGACUGAAGGUAGUUGUUUACUGAAAAGAAGAGACAAGAACAGUUUCAUCUGCCGUCAGUGUGGAAAGAGUUUGACAUGUAAUAAAAGUCUCAAAGUUCACAUGCGGAUCCACACUGGAGAGAAGCCGUUCACAUGUGAUCAAUGCGGGAAGUGUUUUGCAGAAAAAAGAAGCCUUACGUUGCAUAUGAGAGUUCAUUCGGGGGAGAAGCCGUUCACUUGUGAUCAAUGUGGGAAGAGAUUUAGUUGCUCAGCAUAUCUGAAAUCACAUGAAAGGAUCCACACUGGAGAGAAACCUUACACAUGUGAUCAAUGUGGAAAAAGUUUUUCACAACUGCGAAGUCUAAAAGAACAUAAGAAAAUACAUACUGGUGUGAGAGAGUACAUGUGCUUUGAGUGUGAGAAUACUUUUAUUACAGCUAGAGAUUUGAAACGACACCAGAUGAUCCACACUGGUGAGAAACCUUACAUGUGUUUACACUGCAACAAGAGAUUCAGUCGGUCAACAAAUCUGAAAACACAUGAAAGGAUCCACACUGGAGAGAAACCUUACAUGUGUUCACACUGCAACAAGAUAUUCAGUCUGUCAGGAGACCUGAAAACACAUGAAAGGAUCCACACUGGAGAGAAACCUAACAUGUGUUCACACUGCAACAAGAUAUUCAGUCGGUCAGAACAUCUGAAAAGACACCAGAUGAUCCAUACUGCAGAGAAACCUUACAUGUGUUCACACUGCGACAAGAGAUUCAGUCUGUCAGGAGACCUGAAAACACAUGAGAGGAUCCACACUGGAGAGAAACCUAACGUGUGUUCACACUGCAACAAGAUAUUCAGUCGGUCAACAAAUCUGAAAAGACAUGAGAGGAUCCACGCUGGAGAGAAACCUUACAUGUGUUCACACUGCAACAAGAUAUUCAGUCUGUCAGGAGACCUGAAAACACAUGAGAGCAUCCACACUGGAGAGAAACCUUACAUGUGUUCACACUGCGACAAGAGAUUCAGUCUGUCAGGAGACCUGAAAAGACAUGAGAGGAUCCACACUGGAGAGAAACCUUACAUGUGUUUACACUGCGACAAGAGAUUCAUUCGGUCAGAACAUCUGAAAAGACACCAGAUGAUCCAUACUGGAGAGAAACCUUACAUGUGUUCACACUGCGACAAGAGAUUCAGUCAGUCAGGAGACCUGAAAAGACAUGAGAGGAUCCACACUGGAGAGAAACUGUUUCACUGCACUGUAUGCGGGAAGAGUUUCACUCAAUUAUCUAAUCUACUCAAGCAUACAAAAAGCAAUCACAGUAAGUAGAUCAUCUACAGAUCCAGCACUCUCAGGUCUGAUGCCUCGUCCUCACCAAACAUGACACAAUAACAUUUCUUCUGUAUAAAUCUGUCAUACGCAGCCAAAAAAAAAAAAUGACAGGACAGGACAAAA